AGCUGAGAGCAACAAUGGAGUUCAAUUUUUUUUAACAGACACAGAAAGAAGAAGAACAAGAUCGAGCAUUUAAAGGACGUGGCAUUUAAAAAAGAAUAAAACAAAAAAUUAAAAAUAAUAUAACCGUUGGAAGCCACGUAGGACUAAAACCGACAACAGUAAGUGAAGUAACCUCUAAGGAGUGUUAAAAAAGAACGGGGGGUAAAGGUCGGAUUAUUAAAAAAAAAAACCCAAAGGUGGGAUUAUUAAAAUUCAAUGCACCAAAGGUGGGAUUAAUCCCAUCAAUUUUUCCUUAAGAAAAUGAAAUAAGUAUUUAAAACAGCCGAAAAUUCGAAAAUGGAUAGACAAAAUCCCCAUUCUCCGGCACUAGAGAACAACGGGAAAAAAUAUGCAAAGCCUUAUAUGUCCACGGUGCACCGACCCAUACGUGGGAAGAGCUUAUGUUAUUUAAAUAAUUAAAUUCAUUUAAUUUUGCAAUUUCUGUCAGACUCAAACCCGUGUUUCAAUUUCAAGACCCCUCCUCUGAUUACACCAUUUUUCAUUUUCUCUCUCCUACCAUUUGCAAACAAAAUAACAAGUAUCCAAAGACGAUCAAUAUUCUAAAGUGCCCAAUCUAGAACAAUCUAGAUUCAAUUUCUACUGCAAAUUACACUUUAAUUACAAUCAUUAUUAACGAAUUUUCAUACUAUAAUUCAUCACAACUAUUUUAACCAAAAUUUUCCUUAUUUAUCUCUUCAAUUUCGUCUUUUUUUUAGUUUUUCUUCAACAAUUUGAUUCUAUUUUUGCAUGAUAAAUAUUCGAAUAACUUUCUAGAAAUCGAGUUUUUCUGUCAUGGCGAUCUCAGAAUCGCCGGAAAUUAUCGGUGCGACGGCGAUGACGACUGCGAUGGCGGCGGACUAUGGCGAUUCUGUUCGUCGGCGAGCUAGUGCAGCUGGUGGUGCGACUGUUAGAGCUUCUACUUCUUCUUCAAUGGCGGAAGAAUCGGAGGAUUUGAAGAAGGUCUCUAAUGGCGAAGCUGGUGACAGAAUUGUUGAUGGCGCUGAUAAUAAUGAUAGUGAACGGAAUAAUUCUGAUAAUGUUAAUGGUGAAGGUGAAGCUAAGGUUGUUAAUGGCGGUGGAGCUCAGGAUUUUGAAACCGCGAUUCGGUACUCGUAUCGUCCGUCUUCUCCUGCUCAUCGGAAGAUUAAGGAGAGUCCUCUUAGCUCCGACGCCAUUUUCAGACAGAGUCACGCUGGUCUCUUCAAUCUUUGUGUAGUAGUACUUGUUGCUGUGAACAGCCGUCUUAUAAUAGAAAACCUCAUGAAGUAUGGAUUGCUGAUACGAGCUGGUUUCUGGUUCAGCUCAAAGUCCUUUAGGGAUUGGCCUAUAUUUAUGUGCUGUCUUUCACUCCCAAUUUUUCCAUUCACUGCUUUCUUGGUAGAGAAGUUGUCACAAAGAAGGCGUAUUUCUGAUCCGGUUGUUGUCCUGCUUCAUAUACUGAUUUCCACAAUUACCAUCUUAUAUCCAGUUUUUGUAAUACUCAGAUGUGAUUCUGCUGUUCUUUCUGGUGUCAUUUUGAUGCUUUUUGCUUGCACCAUGUGGUUAAAGUUGGUAUCAUAUGCACAUACAAACUAUGAUAUGAGAGCGAUUGCCAAAGCAUCUAUUAAGGAGGAUGAACUACUAAUGGAACUCCCAUAUGAUGUAAGCAUCGAAAGUCUGGUGUACUUCAUGGUCGCUCCAACACUAUGUUACCAGACAAGCUAUCCUAGGACCGCAUGCAUUCGCAAAGGAUGGGUGGCUCGACAAGUAUUAAAAUUGGUGAUAUUUACUGGAGUAAUGGGGUUCAUCGUUGAACAAUAUAUCAAUCCAAUUGUACAAAAUUCACAGCAUCCUCUGAAAGCAAACCUAUUGUAUGCAAUUGAAAGGAUUUUGAAGCUGUCAGUGCCAAAUUUAUACGUGUGGCUGUGCAUGUUCUAUUGCUUUUUCCACCUCUGGUUAAACAUAUUGGCUGAGCUUCUUAAAUUUGGUGACCGUGAGUUUUACAAGGAUUGGUGGAAUGCAAGAACAUUCGAAGAGUAUUGGAGGAUGUGGAAUAUGCCUGUACAUAAAUGGAUGGUUCGCCAUGUUUAUUUUCCCUGCUUGCGCAAUGGAAUACCCAAGGGUGUUGCAGUAUUGAUUGCCUUCCUUAUAUCUGCCAUAUUUCAUGAGCUAUGCAUUGCCGUUCCUUGCCAAAUGUUCAAACUUUGGGCUUUUCUUGGUAUUAUGUUUCAGGUUCCCUUGGUUUUACUUACAAAUUUUCUGCAGAGGAAAUUCCAGAGUUCAAUGGUUGGAAACAUGAUCUUCUGGUUCAUCUUCAGCAUAUUUGGCCAACCUAUGUGCGUUCUCCUUUAUUACCAUGAUCUAAUGAAUCGCAUUGGCAAAUCAUCAUGAAAAACUUGAGAAAAGGCAAAUUAACUGCAUAAAAGCGAUAGAGUUUAUGCUACAAUGAAGAGAUCAGCUGUCGUUCCAUUUCAAGAUGCCAUGUAAAUGUUGGCCGUUGCUAUUUCCUCAUGCCAAGUGAGUCAUUACAUGACUUCAUUAUGUGUGAGCAAUUUUGACUUGGAAAUUACAUGCACACCUUUCUAAUACGGUAGUGUAGAUGAAUUAUUGAAUUAGGAGCAGAAACUUUCUGGAAAAAGCUGUACAUGUGUGUUUUUGUUUCUGUAUCCUUUUGAGUUUUUGAGCAACAUGUUGCUCAAAUCUAAAAUCUCAUCUGAAGAUAUCAUGUAAGAUUCUGGGUAGCUUCCAGUUAUCUUGGGUGCUCACAAGAAAUAAAGUUAAAAUAUAUUCAAGCAAAAUUAUUUUGUCUGUAAUGAUUGUGGUCUCCUAUGUGGUGUAGUCGAAGCUAGGAGCCGAGGUAUGUGUUUGCUUCUCUACUUAUCGUUAAGUUGAUAAAGAAAUUUCAGUAAUAAUUGUUC